AUGGACCUUCCCGAGAUCGAGCGAUUCUCCGACUUCAACCGCCUAAUCAGGACGACAGCAUAUUACCUGAAGAUGAGAAAAAUAUUAGUAUUGCCGAAAACUGAGAAACCGAAACGUUUGAACAUCACUGUUCACGAUAUGGAGGACGCGAGGAAUGUAUGGUACAGGAAGGUACAAUCGGAGGUCUUCGGUGAAGAAAUGCGAAGUCUGGUGCACACCGGUUUUGUGAAAAGCAGUAGCCGCUUGAAAAACUAUUCACCGUUCAUCUGUAAUGGCAUCAUCCGUAUGCGGGGACGUGUGCAAGAGAGUAGUAAACCGUUUGAUGUCAACAACCCCGUCAUUCUUCCCGAUAACCAUCCCUUUUCGAAUCUCCUGAUUCGCAUGUUCCAUAUCGCCAACGGUCACCAGGGUCUUGAAACGGUCGUCAACAACAUUAAACAGCGUCAUCGAAUUCUCAAGAUCCGUUCACAGGUGAAAAAAUACACGGUGUCGUGCAUCAAGUGCCGAGAGCUCCGGGCAAAACCAACCGUUCCACAAAUGGGUAAUCUCCCCCCAGAACGAACGACUCCGUUCGUAUUUCCGUUUUCGAAUACCGGAAUAGAUUAUUUUGGCCCGUUGUCAGUUAAAGUUGGUCGCCGUGUCGAAAAGAGGUGGGUGGUGCUCUUCACCUGCAUGACUUCCAGGGCUGUUCAUCUUGAAGUUGUGCCAUCUUUGGACACGAAUGCCUGCAUAAUGGCCAUCCGAUGUUUUAUGUCCAUUAGAGGAUUGCCGCAACGUAUCAUCACAGACAAUGGUACAAAUUUUACUGGCGCAGACCAAGAGUUGAGAAGGCUUGUAAAAACACUAGAUCAUCCACAGAUCGAAGAUUCGUUGUCUGUCAGAGGCAUAGAAUGGAAGUUUAUUCCCCCUGGUGCUCCACACUUUGGCGGUUGUUGGGAGCGAUUAGUUCGCUCCGUGAAAGGUGCUCUCCGUGCGAUGUUGCGAGAAAGACACCCGACAGAUUUGGUACUGCGCACUGCUCUGUGCGAAGCAAUGAACAUCGUUAAUAACAGGCCGCUAACUCACGUUCCAAACGAUCCUCAAGAUGCUGAACCAUUAACACCAAACAUGUUACUGCUUGGGCGAAACAACACUGUUCAGUUUGACCACGACUUCGAUGAAAGAGAUCUCGAUUGUCGUGCAGCGUACAAGCAUGCUCAAAUCUACGCAGAUCGCUUCUGGCGCAAAUGGAUUGUGUCGUAUCGUCCAGAGUUACUGAAAAGCUGCAAGUGGCCUGAUAACCGAAACUAUUAUGAGUACCACGUUGGAGAUUUGGUUAUGUUAGUUGAUGAAACCCUACAUCGAGGAAACUGGCCAAAAGGAAUAAUCGAAAAAACGUAUAAGGGUCCAGAUGGUAAGGUCAGAACCGUUUCGAUCAAGACUUCAAGAUCAACGUAUACGAGGCCCGUCAGCAAGAUCGUGCUACUACAACCCAUCAGCUUUUCUUCGGGCUCGGAGAAUGUCGCCAACAGUACCACCAGGUAA